AUGGCCAUCCCUACAAUUCUCAAGCCAACGACUAUCACUUCUUACAUAAUAUCCAUUCUUGAAGCUUCAGAUCAUACUCCUUAUAUCGGGGAGCCUAUCUCGCAGCUUCAACAUUCCUUACAAUGCGCUGCUCUGGCUGCCCAUGCAUCGCCGCCUGUAGAUGAGGCCACGCAAGUGGCGGCACUGCUUCAUGAUAUUGGCCAGUUUGCGCCUCCAGAAGAUCUUAUUGCUUCAUCAAGACUUCCUAUUCAGAAUCUGGGCGAUGCACCAGCCACACAAAGCGUUGGUCGCGUCGGCCACGAAACUCUAGGAGCGCGUCUCCUUCUCUCGCUGGGCUUCUCUGACAAAGUCACCCGCCUCGUGGAAUCCCAUGUGGCAGCUAAACGGUAUCUGUGCGCCGUAGACGAAUCUUACAACGACUUCCUAUCCGAAUCCAGCAAGAAAAGUCUAUUUUACCAAGGAGGUCCUAUGUCUGCCGAAGAGGUAAAGGAGUUUAGCUCUGGGCCGUUCUGCCGAGAGAUGUGCCAGCUAAGGAAAUGGGAUGACGAAGCAAAAGUUGAAGGUCUCAAUGUGAGAAACCUAGAUAGUUGGAGAAAAGCAAUCGAGGGACAGAUAGAGCGAGGAUGA